AUGACAGUCACAGACCAGCUACAGCGGCAGCAGCAGCAGCAGCAGCGGCAGCAGCAGCAGCAGCAGCAACUGGGUGGAAUUGUUGAGGUGACUGCUGCUGCUGCUACUGCAACAGCAGCAGGAACAAUCGCUCGCUGCUGCAGUAACGUUUCUGACAGUACAGUUGAGCCGGAACAGCCAGACACAGACCAGCAGCAGCAGCAGCAGCAGCAGCUGCAGCAGAUGCUGCUGCAGCAGCAGCAGCAAGAUCUGGAGCAGCAGAAAGAUGCAAUUAUUUCUGCUGCGCUUCUGAAGGCAGCGCAGCUUAUCCCCGAGUAUUUAGGGAUCCCUGCAGACUUUGCUGCUGCUGCUGCUGCUUCUGACUGCAGCAGCAGCAGCAGCUGCAGCAGCAACAGGGAGCAGCAAAUCCAUCAGCUGCUGCAGGGAAGCGUCUUAACUGGAGGAACAACAAACAGCAUUGUUAAGGUGUCUAGGAGAGAUAAAGAGAGCCCUUGCUGCCUUGUUCGCUUCUAUGGCCGCAACACUUCUUUGUGGAUAGACAGACAGCGCGAAUUUGCAGUGCUGCGGCUGCUGAGUGGAGAGGGGGGGGGGAAGAAGAUAUUGGCUUCCUUUCAGGGUGGAGUGAUAGAGUCAUUUGUUCCGGGGUCUCCUCUGCUUCCUGAGGGUUUAGGGUUUGCAGCAGACAAAAUAGCGAAGGCACUUGCACUGCUGCAUGCGCUGCCUCUUCAUUCUCAGUCUUCUUCUGCUCGGUUGAUUAGCGAAUUUAAUGCGGACGGCUCUGCGGUGUCUGCUCUCUGGCCCAAACUGCAAAACUUUCUCGAUAUGUGCUUUGCUGAGAAGGCUAGGCUGGGUUCUGCAUUUCAUCUUGACGAUUGUGACAAACUUCCAGCGGUGUUUGAUUUAUUGCGAAAAGAAUUGGAGGGCGGCAGCCGCGUGGUUUUAUGCCACGGCGAUUUAUUAGCAGGGAAUAUAAUUCAUCAAGAAGACGGCUCCAUUUGCUUUAUUGACUUUGAAUAUGCUGCUGCAAUGGAGCGAGCGUUCGACAUUGCCGGUCAUUUCAUCGAAUACGGAGGGUUUGAAUGCGAGUGGCACCGCAUUCCAACUCCAGCGCAGCAGCGAGCCUUUCUUAGGGUGUAUCUGCAGCAGCUGCGGCAGCAGCAGCAGCAGCAGCAGCAGCAAGAAGCAGCAGCAGCAGAUAUUGAAGAGGAAGUGCAGCAGCUGCUAGAUGAGAUACAGCCUUUCUUCGCCGUCUCCCAUCUCUACUGGGGUAAACCCUAA